AUGCUGUCAAGUCGUCCAGUCCGGUGCUGGUCCACCUUGCGACGGGCUUCAAACCGUUCUUACUCAUCGCAACAACCCCCACCCUGGCGGCCGGCCUCUGCUGUGGAUGAAUGGGUUGAACGUCAGAUACGUCCUAUCAGUCUUAGGCAAUUGACCUUCUUUGGCCGCACUUUGACCGAGCCACGGCUUAUCGGCUCUGCCAACUAUGUGCGCACGGAGCUACCCAUUCGUCUUGCGCAUCGAAUCCGAGAUAUUCAACAAUUGCCCUAUGUUGUUGUUUCCAACCCACAUCUAUCUCUUGUACACGAAUUGUACUAUAAAGCCUUCGAGAAAUUCAGAAUGGUACCCGAGAUCUGUACUUUGGACGAUAAUGAGCGCUUCUGCGAAAUCCUCCGUGAGAUGCUAAAAGCACACUUGGUAGUGAUCCCCAAUUUAGCGAUUGGGGUCUUGGAAUGCCGCGACCUGGUACCGUCAAAUGCAAUGGACAGCUUCAUGAAUACUCUCCUACGAGCGAGAAUCUCCAGGCGCGUUAUUGCCGAGCAGCAUCUGUCCCUCACGGACAACUUUAAUGCGGAUUGGAAUUUUGCCGACUCGCAUGAGCGCAGCGACAUGAACUCAGACUUUGUAGGUGAGGUAUUCCUCAAGUGCAAGGCCAAUGACGUCGUGGAGCGAUGCGGGAAAGUUGUGCAGGAUAUGAUGCGUCAGACCUGUCAGCCCAGUCAAAUCCCCGAGAUCCACGUUCAGGGUCAUUUGGACGCCACCUUCCCUUACAUUAUGAGCCACUUGGAGUACAUCGUGGGCGAACUUCUGCGGAACUCCAUGCAAGCUGUGGCUGAGAAACACCAAGACUACUCACAACCACCACCCCCCAUCAAUGUCCUGAUUUGUGAAACAAACCAACAUGUGAUAAUACGGAUAUCGGACCAGGGUGGUGGUAUUCCGAGAGAGACCCUUCCAUAUUUGUGGUCCUUCAGCAAGGGACCGCAAAUACAAGUGCAACUCGACAAUCUCCUAAAAGUGCCUGUCAUGGCUGCGACCAUGCAGGAAUUGACCGUAUCGCAACGCAGAGUGGGCGUAGGAUUCCGUGAACUGUGGCUGGACACGCUGACAUCGCGACCCCACGAUUUGCGUCUCGGUCUAGGAUUGCCUAUGGCCCGAGUGUAUGCAGAGUACUGGGCUGGAAGUUUGGAGCUGCAUAGUCUGGAGGGUUAUGGCGUGGACGCCUUCUUGCAGAUCUCGAAACUGGGUAAUAAGAACGAGCAGGUAACCAGCCGUGCAGCCAUCGAUGCUGUAUGA